CCACGCCUGAAUCGAGACGAUUGAAUCCUCAGCAACGAAAGAUGAGUUUCGCCAACAGCCACCGUACCACCGUCGUUCUUCGACCAAUCUCAAUUUCAAUCUCAAUCUCCACGUGGUCGAUCACCAACGUCCCUCAGAUUAACGACAAUCACGGGAAAAUAGGAAUUACCUUGAAGAAUAAUAUCGAGGACAAUCAUUUCGAAGAAUAGUUUUAGAGCUACGCAAGCUUCCGCCGAUAGAGCAGCAAGACGACGAGUGAAAUCCAGGCAAUUGCAGGUCGUCGAGUCGACGAAAGAGGAUCAGUGAGAUGCCCGGUGCGCUGUGAAAAUGCUGGUGGACGAUUGCGGUAGCACUAUGGGGUGGACUUCGGCCAGCGUGCGCGGGGGUUGGUCCACCCCGGGCGGCUGUAGGAAUUCCGCGAUGAACUUCGGUGGUAGCGUGCCCUCCCUUCACCCAGCUGGCUCGAUAAGAUCGCUCCGAUCCCAGCAUUCUAUGCAGGGCGUGCCGGAGACACCGCGAAGAUGUAUGCACUGCCAUCCGGUACACGUGCCGAGCACCCCGAACAAUUACGUGCAUCAUCCAAUGCAGUAUUACACGCCGAGCCACUGUCCCGAGCCCAGGAACGGUAUCUACACUCCUCAUCGGGGCAGUUCCUAUCACGGUGAUACUCGAAUGCGUUACAUGGACGCAGAGGGAAGCCUGCAUGAUGGCAUGAUCGGAAAUAGUAAUUGGGUGCUCGGUGAUUUGAGAAGUCUUCAUCGUUGUGUGCCAGCCUUUCGUCGUCCAGGCAUAGACGUCGCCGCCAUGCGAACGCAUUUCUAUCCAGAGGGUGGCUGGGGGUGGCUGGUUUGCGCAGCCGGGUUCCUCGCCCUGUUGCUCACCACUGGAAUGCAGCUCGCUUUCGGGCUUCUUCAUGUUCACGCUGUGCGACGAUUCGGCGAGGAACAUCUCAUGGAUCUGGCGUGGGUUGGCGCAUUGAGCACUGCGGUCUCCCGUGGAUCGGCACCCUUGGUCGUUGGCGCGUGUCGCCGUGGAAGUACAAGGCUUACAGCGGUGAUCGGUGGUCUCGUGCUGGCAUUGGCCUCGCUCUUCACCUCGUUCGCCGCAGAAUUGCACCAGGUCCUCCUCAGCUACGGCGUGGUACUGGGCACCGGUGCUGGCCUCGUGAGAGAAACUGCCGACCUGGUGCUGGGCCAUUACUUCAGAAAACGGCGGGAGUUCGUCGAGAUGGUCGUGCAAGCCGGCACGGGGGUGGGAAUAGUGCUCUUCAGCGUCUUCUACAGGGAAGCUGUCGGAAAGCUGGGCUGGGAGCGUGGCAUGCAGUCGGUAACCGGAGCUCUGUCGUUGGCCUUCUUCCUGGGCUUGAUUUACAGAAGCGCCUCUCUCUAUCAUCCGCAACGACGGGCCAUGUUACACGUGAAGAAUCAACGAGGUGGCAAGUUGAAAGAGAAGAAGACCGCAUCGAAGCCACCAAGACAGCCAUGGGUGGAUCUCAGCCCUCUAGGUAGUCGGCCUGUCAGGAUGUUGAUGCUGGCCGCUGGGGCAGCCGGUUUCGGCCUUUAUACGCCCGCCUUUUACAUCGCUAUCCAGGGCCACAAAGAUGGUUUGGAGGCGAGCGCAGUGGUGCUUUUGCAGACUUGCCUGGGUUUGGCAGCGGCACUCGGCUGCGCAGCUUGUGGUGUCGUUACCGCGAGACCAUCUGCCCAAUGCCUAGUGUCCAGGCAAUGUCUCUGUCAGGCAGCACUACUCGGAGUUGCCAUAACUCAGGUGGCUUUGGGCAGCGUGCAAGGUUACCACGGGCUGAUUCUGGCUUCCGGUUUGUACGGCGCAUCCCUCGGCGGUGCACUUUACUCCCUGAAAAUGCUGGCCCUCGAAAGACUGAGGGCAAAACACUUUGCACGCUCCUGGGCACUCGUGCAGGCCGCAGAAGCUUUACCUAUUCUUCUCGGAGUUCCUCUUACUGGUUACAUGAACGCGAACAGCUCGAGGGUGGGUUACUACGCGUGCACGUUAAGUUCCUUGUGCGGUGCAGCGUUGCUCUUCCUGGUUGGCUGGGGUCGCCAGCCGGCGUCUCCUCUACUUCCUGGCUCGCACCUCUCCAACGUGACCAUACCUCCGCCGUGUGCCUGUCCUCCGCCGCCAAGGCCAAGGUUGCCAAAAUCACAAUCGUUACACGUGCCCUUGGACAUGGAGGAGAAUCUUCGCGACAGAGAAAUGGAGAGGAUGCACACUGCCGAACAUUACUAUCAACCGCAAUUCUACGGGCCUCUGAGACCUAGCAAGAGCGUUCCAGAGGGUCUGAGUCAUCAGGAUUCCUAUAGGAGUCGGCCAAGACGGCACAGAGACGUCACGGUGAUCGAACAAAUCACCACAAGCGUUUGAAUCAAUUAAAAAUUGGAAAAACCAACAGAAGGAACGAAUAUAGUUGAUUGGUUGUUGGAGACAGUUGGAUACGACGAUGAUCAAGCUUGGAGCUGUGAUGGAGAAUUCUUGGGAUUUGUUGAUUGUUAGUUGUUUGAAGUUAGGUCUGGUUAACUGUUAGGAUGUUGUACGUGGCGAGAGAAAUUUUUCAUUUAAAAUGUGCGAAUUUCGUUCAAACGUAGUUCUUAGCUUUUUAGUUUAAAAUUUAAAUGAAAUGUAAAUUUGUAUAUAACAAAUUUGCCAUCACUUUUUUAUUUGUAUCAUCUACACACAAAAUUGUCUAGUUUUAGAAGAUUUAAGUACAAUUUUUUAAAUGAUUAAAACUAAGUUUAUUAUUAAUGUGGAAUUAUGCCAGAAACGUCAUAUAUCAGUAUUAUUAUAUUAAUAUUAAACAAGUUUCUUACGUCUUGACAUAUAGCUGAAUGACCAAAGGAUUUUUUAAGUUAUAAUAGAAUUCUAAACUAACUCCAAUCUUUUUAUGUCCAUAUAUUUUAUAGAGCACACAGCGAUUUCAAACUUUUGAUUAAAAAUAUUGAAAUAAACUAACAAAAAUUC